UCAGAGCAUUCUCCAUGUCGCUAAAUGCAAGAAUGGCCAGAAUAGCUUCACUGGAGAACAUGCUGAGCAUAUCAUCUAAUUCACUUGUGGCAAUGGCUUCUCAACUAUCUGAGGCAGAAGAACGAGAACGGGCCUUUACAAACCGUGGACACUGGAACCAGUUGCGCUCAAUGGGAGAAGCCAAAAUUUUGCUUCAAUACAUGUUCAAUUCUCUUGCAGACACUAGGUGUCAAAUGUGGGAGAAGGACAUGGAGUUAAGAGAAAUGAAAGAUCAAAUCAGGGAACUUGUAGGUCUAUUACGGCAAAGCGAAAUCAAGAGAAAGGAAAUUGAGAAGGAACUAAAAGUGAGAGAGCACGAUGUUGCAACUACAUUGGCAAAGCCAGCUUCAGGAAAUUCUCCAAAUUCAUUGAAACACUGUGUCGUAGACAUAGCAGAACCUUUAUCUCCGGAUUCUGUGCCAGCACCGAAACAGCGCAAAUAUACACCAGGCAUUGUUAAUGGCCAAGUGAGGGAAUCAGCAGCAUUUAUAGAUCAAACUAGAAGGAUGGUACCUAUUGGGCAAUUGUCGAUGAUAAAACUAGCAAUUGCAGGACAAGCUUCUGGCAAGCUAUGGAGAUGGAAAAGAAGCCAUCAUCAGUGGCUAAUACAAUUCAAAUGGAAGUGGCAGAAACCUUGGAAACUUUCUGAACGAAUUCGACACAGUGACGAGACAAUCAUGAGAUCAAGGCCACGUUCACAAACUUUGCCUCAAAUUAAGUCAUUUUGAUUGUUAGUGUGAUCAGCCAUUUGCCGUAGCUCAGUUUUAACUAUUUUACCUACAAGAAUGGUCCUAGACAGAAGACAUUAUAAAGAACAUAUAACUAGAUUCAGCUGCAGUGUGAUAUAAUGGUUACUAACAGUAUAUACCCCGGUCAGUCUCGGUUAAUACUCUCCACAUCUUGGAAAUGUUUCGGUAGUCACAGCAUACGGAGCAUCUUGUGAGGUGUGUUGAAAUGUUGCCGACAGUUGUGAAAUAAUUGAGCAUGGAAGAUAGUUGCUUGCUUGGAGGCAUUGGUAGACACAUUUCCAGACAUAUUAUCUAGGAAAAUUGUCUGUCCAUACCAACACUAGAAGGA